AUGUUUUUCAGCCCUUCGGAUCCUCAGACACCUAUUUGGUGCAUACCCUGUGUGGCGUUACAUGUUUCAGUUCCAAAUUUGCGGCGAUUCAAUAAAUACUCUUUCUACUUCUACUCUUUGUUGCUGUUGGAUUCAAACCACUUGGUGCCGGGGACUUUUUGUGCACUUAAGUUUAUAUUGUUCCGUAUUUUUCAACGUUAUUGCUGGAGAAUAACUGCUGAAAUGACUUCUAUCGGCACUGGAGCUUCAUCAGUUUGUGUAGCCUCUCAGACAGACGGUGAUUGGCUGGGGAUUACGGCUGCCGAAAUCUCUGAAUCCGCACUUCCUCGUGAAUUCCGCAAUCGUCUUCACAAAAUGUUUGAACGUAUUGAGCGUGAAUUUGAGAGGGAGUAUCAUAAACUUUGUGCCGAAAACUAUGCAUUGCAGGAGAAAUUGGAGAAAUUUGAAGAUGUUGAACAUCCGGAGUCCUCAAUUUUUACCAGAAAGUUAACGGCCAGUCAGCUGUCCCACCGCAUCAAGCAGCAGUACAAGCAGUCCACUUCGCGCCUCGUCUCGAGCCUUCGCCCGGCCUCUGGUGGCCUCACCCUCCCCAGUCCCGGCUCCAUCCCGGACUCCUCACGCUGCGGCUCGUGGAAAUUUGUUCAUAGAUUCACAGGUCAUCGCGAUGGGGUCUGGGAGGCCACCUGUUUCCACAAUCUCAUUGCCACGGCUUCAGCUGACACUACCGUUCGAUUGUGGAGUAAUUCAGAACAACACAAUUGCUUGCUCAUUUACUCGGGUCACUCAGGCUCGGUAAAUUCGGUUCGCUUCCGCGAUCGCGACAACCUCAUGCUCACCUGUAGCGGCGACGGCACUGCACACCUCAUUACCCUUCCCUCCGCCUUAUUCGAGGCAGCUACCCCAGCUCGCUCCAUCCAGAGUGCCUCUGGCGAUCUUGGCAAUGGACACCAGUCUGAGGGAACCAGCACUGGUGCUGAAGCAGAUAACCAGGCCGAGGGUAUUCAGCUGCCGAUGCAACUGCGUGGUCCGUCAGCGGUGUUCCAGUCUGCAAGCCUCUUCGUGGCGGAGGCGGGGAGCGUUGGGGGGAUAUCCUCGGGCCUAUUGACGUGCGACAGUGCCUCAUCACUAGACUCCUACCCCCUUGCAGCAGCCGACUUUGUGUGUGGUCACGAGCAGCUUGUGACAGCCAGUUGGGACCGCCUGGGCCACUUGUACGACCUCAACACUGGUCAGGAGGUGCAGUCGCUCGCCGGCCACGAUCGCGAGCUCACUGAUGUGCGCUGCUGCCAGGACUCUAACCUCCCCGCCGUCGUCACCUCUGCCAGGGAUUCCACCUUUCGCGUCUGGGACUUUCGCCAGCCUCGUCUUGAGGUACACGUGCAACAGGCUCACAGUCGGACUGUAUCAACUGCACAAUUCCUCCCUGGCUCGGGCCUGGAUCAGAUUGUGAGUGCGGGGACGGACCGAUGCUGUCGGCUGUGGGACUUGCGUAGCCUCCGAUCGCCAAUUUUUACGGUGCGCACAGAUGCCAGCAUCAACCGCUUGGCGAUAUCUCGGGCGGGUCUCCUGCGGCAUCGCCAGGCUGUAGCUGGGGCCGGUGUUGCAGCGCAGUCGGGUGGCGAGGGGUGGAGCGCUGGGGCCGCAGUGGCGUCAGUAGCAAUGGGGACGGUGGUGGUUGGAGGAGGAACGGGCAGUAACACGGUCGCAUCCUUUACGGGUGCUGACGCCAUCGCGCACUCCUGUGUCCUUGCCCUGCCCCUCGACAAUCGCACUCUUCGACUUCUGGCCGCCAAUGGCUCACGCAUCGGACGUAUCCCUCGUAAUAUCACUCACGGCCACACGAGCGCCAUCACAAGUGCAGCUUGGGCUCCUGAAGGCCAGUGCAAUCUCUUCACCACAGGCUUCGAUCAGCAGCUCCUUGGUGUUUUUGGAUACACUUUCACGGAGCGGCUUGGAAAGGGCACCUAUGGUGAGGUUUUCAAGGCUGUACAUCAGGCAAGUAAGACCUUAAUGUCACGCAAUGUUGUUGCCAUAAAGCGCAUAUCCAAAAAAGCGUUAUGCAAACGUGCACAGGAUAACCUCGUCGAUGAGAUUGGUAUCUUGAAGGAACUUCAGCAUCGCAAUAUCGCUAGAAUGACCGAAUUCUCGUGGGAUUCGGAUUACGUAUACAUUUUCAUGGAAUAUUUGGGUGGAGGUGAUCUGAGUUCUUUUCUUAAAUCAAAGCGAAGUCUACCUGAGAGGACCAUUCGCUAUUUUCUCCAGCAGCUUGCUUUUGCAUUGCAUUAUCUAUACGAGAGAAAUAUCGUACACAUGGAUAUAAAACCUCAAAACAUACUUUUAACAACCUCGGUCCCGCCAGUUCUGAAAUUGGCAGAUUUCGGUUUUGCCAAGUCGCUGGAGAAGCCAGUCAAAAUGGACGAGAUCCGUGGUUCUCUACUUUAUAUGGCUCCAGAAAUCUAUAAAUUUGGUGUUUAUGAAAAGGCAUGUGAUCUUUGGUCAGUAGGCGUCAUUUUCUUCGAAUGCUUAUUCGGCAAAGCACCAUUCGCCUCCGCCACUGUUGAAGAGUUGAAAGCCAAGCUUUUGGAUGACUCCCCCAUUAAAAUUCCCAGUCGACCUGUCUUCGGUAAGGAUUGUAUAGAUUUGGUUUCCAAAUUGCUAAAACGCAAACUCUCCGAACGAAUUCACCACGAGCAGUUCUUUGUUCACCCGUUCAUUGACUUGGCUCACGCCCCGUGCCCACAGAGCAUUGACAAGGCAAUCAAUCACAUCGUGAUUGCUGAUGAUCUCUUCUCAGCAGGUGACCUUGUCGAUGCCUACUUCAACUACAAGGAGGGCCUCAUCCAUUUGGUUUCUGCUCUCCAAAUUGAAUUGGACCAUUGGAGAAAGCAAAUAAUAAGAGCAAAGCUUUCCCAAUAUAUCAAGGUGGCAGAAGAUUUGAAUCGUCAUCUCGAUGAUAUCGAAGUCGUCGGCUCUAGCCACAGUAGCCAUAGGCAUUCUGGCAAAUCAAAUGCUGCUCCUAGUGUCCUAAGUAAAGGAGCCACUCUGCCUGCUGCAAAACCACCUAAAAGAUCAAAUCCCAUUAGCACACUGGCUAAAGAAGCCAUCUCAUCUACCGAUAAACCCGAGCAGGUGCAACCUUCAACCGACCUCCAUUCCACUUCUCUUGGCGCUGUUGUUACGCCAAUUUCCAUCUCAUCAGUACCAUCACUGCACGAUCCCUUGGACGCGAGGAAGCAGGAAGCGAAAGCGCCGAAGCAUCAGUCCUUUACCUCCUCCACCUCCUCUUCCGUAUGGAGACAGAUUCGCCGAGCCCGCCUCCUUAUGGCGUGGUUUAGCUCCCCCACCGGUGCCAAUAGAAACGACUCUGUCCCAUCCGCUUCCUCUCGGACUCCAGACUCCACUCGGAUGUCCGAUGGCUCCGCUUCCCUGUCCGAAACCGAGUUCACCUCGCAACCCGCCGUUAAGACGGCGUACGAAUAUGCCAUCAAACGGCUUGAUAGUCUCAGGGACAUUUCCUCCGAAGGGGAGGCUGGGUUAUCGGAGACUAUUGAGGACCUGCGGCGUUAUUAUGCUUUGUUGCACAAUAACGAGUACAAAGCCGCGAUGGACUACUUGCAAUGUAACUUCGGCAGUUGGCUUGGAUUUUUGAAAGGUCUUAAAGAUUUGGAGUUACAGAAAACGCUCCGAUCAGAAUUGAACCAGGCGUUGACAGUUGCGGAAAAACUCAAGGCCACCCUAAAAGCGAAAGGAGAGAUAACCCCUCUACCAGAAGAAGAGGCUAAUGAACUUCAUUUCGCCCCAGUAAUGAGCUCCAGCGGCUUCCUUAUCGCCGAUAUACUGCGUGAUACAACGACCUCAUGUGGUGAGAGAGCGGAUAAAGUUCCUCCUACAGGCAAAGCUGAAAGACUAUGGUCGGACAAAAAGAAACCACUGCAUCUGCCACUGCCUGCGUGGAUCUUCUGCACGCGGUAUUCUGAUCGUCCAUCAUCUGGACCGAGGAUGCGAAAAUUGCGAAGAAAAGUGAAUGCUACAGCCAAUAAGAAACGACCGCGCACCUCCUUCACAGUCUCACAGAUCAACAGAUUGGCGGCCGAAUUCGACAAAGACAAAUAUUUGAACGAAUCUCGGCGCAGACAUUUGGCUCGAGAGCUUAAUUUAAAAGAAUCCCAAGUCAAAAUAUGGUUUCAGAACAAACGUGCAAAAGCAAAAAAAGAGGGCGUCAUGCCAAUCGCUUCCCCAUUUCAGGCAUCCGGUGCUUGCAACUACCUCGCAUUUUACCUCAUGGCUGAGGGACUCUACAACCAUUCGGUGCGUGUCGAAAAAGCGGAGUCAGAAGACUAA